GCUGUCGGCGUGAACUCUCGUGAGAUUUUCUCUCUGUCUCUCCGUGUCCAAAAUCGGCUGGUGUCAGCUCGCAAGGACUCUAGAUUCUUUUUCUCAGCUAAGUAACCUAAAUAACCAAGGCUUUCAGUUUUUUUUUACCUCAGUCAAUUGUUCCACACCAAGGACUCACAGCUUUCUGGAUUGCGAUUGGCUAGACGAAGCAAAACAUUGAAUCAUGGGGAAUAUUUUUGGCAAUCUGCUGAAGAGUCUGAUAGGGAAGAAAGAGAUGAGAAUUCUGAUGGUUGGAUUAGAUGCUGCUGGUAAAACCACCAUCCUUUACAAACUGAAGCUGGGAGAGAUCGUGACCACCAUCCCAACCAUUGGCUUUAACGUGGAGACAGUGGAGUACAAGAACAUCAGCUUCACUGUGUGGGAUGUGGGUGGUCAGGAUAAAAUCAGACCACUCUGGAGACACUACUUUCAAAAUACACAGGGUCUUAUCUUUGUGGUUGACAGCAACGAUCGGGAGAGAGUUAACGAGGCGCGGGAGGAGUUAAUGAGGAUGCUUGCAGAAGACGAACUGCGUGAUGCUGUCCUUCUUGUCUUUGCAAACAAACAGGAUCUGCCAAACGCUAUGAAUGCAGCUGAGAUCACAGACAAACUCGGCCUCCAUUCGCUCCGCCAUCGCAACUGGUAUAUACAAGCGACCUGCGCGACCAGCGGCGACGGUCUGUACGAAGGGCUCGACUGGCUCGCCAAUCAGCUCAAGAAUAAGAAGUGAGGGGCGGGAUUUGCAUUACGUGGCCGUCUCUCGCUUUGGGAAAGGGGUGGGACUAAUUUGGCCUUUGGAAUCAUUAUGUUUGGUUUCUCUUUGUUUAAUUUUCGUUCUUUUUUGGUUGUAUUCUGGAAAAACACAGUAUGUGGUUUAUGGAGCCUUCUGUGCUCUGUGUAAAUCAUCUGUAGGUUUGUACGCACACGCAUUCACACGCAGAUCAAUAUUUCCUCUGUUAACUUUUCCAUUUCACUGUACGAAAGGUGUCGGUUUAUAGCAUCAACGUUUAGUAGAUUUUAUCGUCUCUCCCUCUCUCGCUCACGUGUUUACAAUCAGUGAUCAGUGUUGUCCUUGACUGCCAUGAUAAAGAUCGUUGGGUCUGAGCGUGCUCAUGUAUUAUGUAAUAUGCUUAUGUAUUUCCUCGUGUUGUCGAAAUGCUCCGUAGAUGCGAUUAUGAUGCAGUUUGCCUCUUCACGCACACAAUAUCCACAGUCUGCGAUCCCGGCGGUUCGUGAUUGCGUUAGAUACCCUGCUGUGUUUUGCAUGGCUCUUUCUCUCGGUGUCGUGUUAAGCGUUGUGGUGUAUUAGAGGUUAGAGCUACAUGUGCGUGUUUAGUCACACAAAGCUGGUUGGUGGUGCAUGCUGCUUUGUGGCCGUGGUGUACUAGAAUGGACGCUGUACAACGAAUGUCGCUUAUCAUCACACAUCCCUCGCCUAAAUUGUGAGUCAAACGUGGUGCUGUUGAGUUGUCCACCAUAAUUCGCAUUCAAGUGAAGCUGUAAAUAAAGCUUUUUCCAAUCAAACGCCCCUUUGUUGUAGAAUUGACUUGGCUAGUUGUUGCAUGGGUAAUGUUUUGAACGAAUCACUAGCAUUGUCUGCAUGGCAUGCAUGCUGUGCUGUUAGUCCGAUAGAUAGAUAGAUAGAUAGAUAGAUAGAUAGAUAGUGAAAUGCUGUUUAACACAGUCCUUUAUUAAUAGUUGCUAUACUAAUUUGCCACUGACAUGAUUAGUAGAUUGUUAUGACACUACAUUUUUUGCUUUUGCUUUCAUAUUAGUGAACAGCAUAAAACAGCACACACAUACAUACAUACAUACAUACAUUAAACCUCGGUAUGUCAGUUGUCUGCGGCAAACUGCAUAAUAACUCGUCUGCUUGUGUGUUUGUUUGCAUGUUUCAUGCUCAUAAUGCGU